GGUCAGCAACAGUGCCACGUCAGUAGUGCCAUGUCAGCAGUGCCACGGCAGCAGCAGUGCCAUGUCAGCAGUGCCCCGCCACCAUGACGGGUUCUGUUUUGGGCAUGCCAGGCCAACUGGCCAGCAAGUGCAUUGCUGAGUUCCGACAGCGGAUCCAAGAUCAGCUCGCACUGAUCGAGGCUGAGGAACAGCGCCAGGCGGCAGCCGAGGCUGCCCGCAUACAGGCUGAAGUGGAGGCCGCAGCUGAAAAGCAGAGGCUUCAGGCCGCAGCUGACGCAGAUGCCCACAAGACCUGCUGCAGCGGCACGAAACCGCCAGCGUCGAUAGGCUCAAGUUCUGGCAUUUUGAACCAUUUGAGGGCCACGACGACGCAACAUCGGAAGAGCCUCUCCAAACUCAUGACCCGGUUGGUUUACACUUGUAACCACCUGCAGUCCGAGUUAGAGAAACAACACCAGGAACAUAAGGAUGCUACACGGGCACUUCAUACCCGUGUACAGGACUCGGAGCAAGCAGCACCAAGACCAGAUGCUGGCGAACCCAGCAAUGGAGCCUCUACCCGCUACGAGGCGGUGUCCUUCGACAUUCUGGACACCAAGUUCGACAUGAUUUUGGGCAUGUCGUGGUUGCAAAGCGAGGAUCACCUGGUGAACUUCUACAGCCACACCGUCCGCGUUCGUGAUUGGAACGGAGUACUAGUCCCGUGCACGGUGCCUCCACCUCAUCCUUCGAUCAGCUGUCACGUGGUGUCCGCCACGAUCAUUCGAGCUUCCAUCACCCGGGACGACAUCGAGGAGAUGGGUUUGUGUUUUCUCCACGCCCUCCCUCCCCAUGACAUCCCAUCGACGGACGCAUCGACGGACGCAUUCACGGACCCACGCAUCACUGAGCUUCUAAAUGCCUAUGACGACGUUUUCGAAGCCCCGCAAGGAGUCGUACCGGAUCGGUCAAUCCGCCACGAAUUCAUUCUUGAGGCCGGGGCUGUACCUCCGCGUGGUUGCAUUUGGCGCAUGAGUGAGGAAGAGUUAAGUGUGCUUGAGGCACAACUCGACGACCUUUUGGAGAAAGGUUGGAUUCGGCCUAGCUCUUCGCCAUACGAUGCUCCUGUUCUCUUCGUCCGGAAGAAGAACAAGGACUUGCGGUUGUGCAUCGAUUAUCGCAAGCUCAACGCACAAACCGUCAAGAACGCCGACCCUCUUCCGCGCAUCGACGACCUUCUCGAACCACUGGGCGGCGCAAAAUUUUUCUCCAAGCUUGACCUCAAAUCGGGAUAUCACCAACUCGAGAUCCGGGGGGAGGACCACUACAAAACCGCCCGGAGUUUGGACGAGCAUGUGGAGCACCUGCGCACCGUUUUGGAGCGGCUACGACAAGCCAAGUACAAAGCCAACCGCGACAAAUGUGAAUUCGUGCGGCAGGAGCUCGAAUACUUGGGCCGUUAUGUGACGCCGCAAGUCAUCCGUCCGCUCACGAACAAGAUUGAGGUCAUCCUCGUAUGGCCCGAGCCCACCAACACCACAAACGUUCUCUCAUUCAUGGGGUUGGCAGGCUACUACCAACGUUUCAUCACCAAAUACUCAAGGAUUGUCGCACCAUUGACGAGAUUACAAGCGCCAAACGUGCCAUUCGUAUUCGACUACGAAGCACGCUGGUCACUCCAAGCACUCGAGACGACCAUGCUCAUGGCACCCGUCCUUAGCAUCUACGACCCCACCUUGCCAACGAGAGUGACAACCAGCGCCAUCGACUAUGGUAUUGGGGCAGUCUUGGAACAACACGACGACGAUGACUACCAUCCCCUGGAGUACUUCAGCCACAAGGUGUCUCCCAUCAACUCACUUGAUGAUGCAAGGAAGAAGGAGCUGCUCGCGUUUGUGAUGGCUCUCAAACGAUGGCGACACUUCCUCCUUGGGCGUGGUAGGUUCACAUGGAUCACAAAGAACAACCCAUUGACCUACUACAAGACGCAGGAUACGGUGAACAACACUAUCGGACGAUGGAUGUACUUCAUCGACCAAUUUGACGUCACACCGAAACAUCUCGUCGGCCUCUCCAAUCGCGCAGCAGAUGCACUCUCGGGAAGACCCGAUCUUUGCGCUAUGACACAUCAUGCCUCCUCAUUCGAUGAGGAACUCCACCACAAGGAACCGGAAGACAUUGUUAGCGACCAUGAUACUCAUUUCAUGUCGGCAUUCUGGACUUCUCUCAUGCACGAAUCCGACACCAAGAUGAAACCAAGUUCGGCUCGGCAUCCACAAACGGACGGGCAAACGGAGAGAGCACAUCAGACUGUUCAGAUGAUGCUUCGUACGCUCAUCCGUCCUGAUCAGGAGGAUUGGGUUGACCACCUCCCUGACAUGGAGUUCGCCUACAACACUUCGUUGCACCCGGCGAUCUGCGUGACUCCAUUCGAGUUGCACCACGGUGGGUGGAAAGUCCGUAUCUUCGCUGAUCCUCUCCUUCCACGAACUGUCGACAUAAACGUCGCGUGCUCUCCCGCCUCCAUCCGAAAGUACAGGGAAUUGCUGGUUCAAGCCCUCGUGAACAUGCAAAAGGCUCAAGUCCGCAUGCAGCAGCAGGCCAACAGGCGUCGUGUGCCAUGUCCCAUCCACGCCGGUGAUCUGGUUUGGGUCUCCGCGGAAGAGUUUGCGCUCGAACAAGAUGUUUCGUGCAAAGUACUCCCCAAGUGGUUUGGACCAUGGCACGUCCUUUCAAUAGCAGGCGACGAGCCCGACGACCCAUCCUUUGUGAUCGACAUCCCUCCGCAUCUGCCGGUCCAUCCAGUCUUUCCCGCCUCGAAGCUGGCGGCAUACACACCAGCUAAGAGCGACGACUUCCCGGGCCGACGAUUGCAAGACCCGCCGUCUAUGAAUGGUCAUCAGGAAGUCGACCACGUUAUCACGGAUCGCAAGUACGGCAACAAGCCUCGACAGUUCAAAGUUACCUUCAAAGCAUGCGAUCCUGACGACACUUGAUGGAUUUCAGGAACAGAUUUGCAAGCAUCCGCACCGCUGAUCUAUGCUCACUACGAACAACAAAGGUUAGCUAAGGAG